AGUCAGUGCACUCGCUUUUAUUCAUUUGUUUCUUAUUUCUAGCCUUAGAACUAACCAUACAGAAUGGCUAGGACCAAGCAGACUGCCCGUAAAUCUACUGGUGGCAAAGCCCCUCGCAAACAAUUGGCUACUAAAGCUGCCAGGAAGAGCGCGCCUGCCACUGGGGGAGUGAAGAAGCCUCAUCGUUAUCGGCCCGGCACUGUUGCCUUGCGAGAGAUCCGCCGUUACCAGAAAUCUACUGAGUUGCUCAUCCGCAAGCUGCCCUUCCAGCGCCUUGUCCGUGAAAUCGCCCAGGAUUUCAAGACUGACUUGCGCUUCCAGAGCUCGGCCGUUAUGGCCCUACAGGAGGCCAGCGAAGCAUAUCUGGUUGGUCUCUUCGAGGAUACCAACCUGUGUGCUAUUCAUGCCAAGAGAGUCACUAUUAUGCCUAAAGACAUCCAGUUGGCUCGGCGCAUCCGUGGGGAAAGAGCUUAAAUCCCCCCCUUUUGCAACCACUUAAACCCAAAGGCUCUUUUAAGAGCCACCA